GGGAGCCUCUAAUGGCUAGGAUUUGUGCGCAGCACGCUCAGAUUGAGGUUACAAAUGAUCUGUUUUUAUAUCCGAGUGUUGGAAAGCUGUGACUUGCAUGUUAAGGACUACAUUCGCCUCUCCAAGAAGUUCUUGCAGCUGCCGUAGAUGCUUGUUGUGGUUAAAGUCAAAGAAGGAUAAUCAUGGUGAUCCUUUCGGACCGUUCCGAUUCGGGGACUUCUUCGCGUCAUGAGAGACCGCUUCAAGUCGGCUUCUACGAAAUCACCAAGACUUUGGGAAAAGGGACCUUUGCCGUGGUAAAGCUGGCAAGGCACAAAGUCACCAAAACUCAGGUUGCCAUAAAGAUUAUAGACAAAACCAGGUUAAACUCUUCGGAUCUGGAGAAGAUCAACAGAGAGGUGCAAAUCAUGAAACUGUUGAACCACCCACAUAUCAUCAAACUCUACCAGGUCAUGGAAACUAAAGAUAUGUUGUACAUGGUGACAGAGUAUGCACAAAAUGGUGAAAUGUUUGACUAUUUGUCGUCUGUUGGCCGCCUUACGGAGGGGGAGGCUCGUAGAAAGUUCUGGCAGAUUGUGAAUGCUGUUGACUACUGCCACCAACACCACAUCAUCCACCGGGACCUGAAGGCUGAGAAUCUCCUACUGGAUGCCAAUAUGAACAUCAAAUUGGCAGACUUUGGCUUUGGCAACUUUUACAAGCCAGGAGAAACCCUGUCCACAUGGUGUGGUAGCCCCCCAUAUGCAGCACCAGAGGUCUUUGAGGGGAAAGCCUAUGAGGGCCCAAAAUUGGACAUUUGGAGCCUUGGAGUAGUUUUAUAUGUGCUGGUCUGUGGAACUUUGCCUUUUGAUGGUGACAACCUCUAUCUCCUCCGGCAAAGGGUUACUAAGGGACGUUUCAGAGUACCUUUCUUCAUGUCACAAGAAUGCGAGAGCUUAAUCCGGAGGAUGUUGGCUGUUAACCCAGCAAAGCGCAUCAGCAUGGCGCAGAUCAAGCAGCAUCGCUGGAUGGUGGCCGAUCCAGCUGCGGCGGCCGCCUGCCAAGCGGUCUCCUGUGCCCCUCCUCCAGACAGUGCUCCCGGCCUGGGUGGCUACUGCGAGAACAUACUGGGCAUCAUGCAGACACUGGGCAUCGACAGACAGCGCACUAUAGAGUCCCUUCAGAGCGGCAGCUACAAUCACUUUUCUGCAAUCUAUUGCCUCCUACUGGAGCGGGUGAGGCAGCACCUCUCCCAGCAGGUGAAGAGUGCACACCAGGCUUCCCCGGGCCCCUCGCUGGCAGACUCAUUCCCCCAAGGAGAGGUCACCCUGAGCGGACACCUUCUUCAAUCACAGCCCCCUUCCACAGACAACCAGCUGAAGACAAGAAUCAGUGGCAAGGAAGAACCGCCCGGAACACUCCAGUCAGAGGGCCAUGACGAGAAGGAAGAGCAGACACAGCUUGUGUCAACUCUGGAUUCAACCACGAAUGGCGAUCAGGAGCCCACUAAGACACGUGACAAACUAUCCGUUCGCAGCAAGCUACCACGUAUAGUGGUGCAUCUGGUGAGCGAUGACCCUCCGGACGGAGACAGUGCCCAUGAGGCGCGGGCAUCCUCCACUGGCUCUUUGGUUGGCAUCCCCCUCUCCCCCUCCACAGGAGCUAUGUGCAGACUCACCGUGGCUGAUGCCCUCUUGCCCCAUCAGAGGACACUGAGCCAGUGGUCCAGAACAGGGAUGGCUGAGCAGGACAGACUGACCGUGCCCAGCUUCAAUGAGGGUAGACGAGCUUCAGAUACAUCACUGUCGCCAGGUGCUGUGGCCCAGAGGAGUCUCAAAGCUUCCCGGCAGCCACAGAGGAGCCACACUCGUGCCAAGAGAUACCUGGGAUUGAUGCGUUGCCGAGACGCGCCCCGCUCCUCUGCGGCAUGGCCCACGGCCAGGCACUCUGGUCCGACUCCUUCUCCAACCCUCUCCUGGGAGUUAGGGCCUUGUCACCAGGAGGACACCCUGGAACUGCACAGAAGUCUCCAGAUGGCCCAGCCACAGUUUCAACAGAUGUCGCCGCUUCAUGCUUCAUCUUCCCAAAGCUCCCAAAACCAGCCACUCCAUGGACCUCUGUUCCUACCGGCUCUCUCUGCCCAAGGCCCUCUCUCCCCACCCCCGUAUAUUCAACCGUCCGCCCGUCACGAUCAAACACCACUCCGUCGUCCAGACCCUGACUUGCAGCUCCCUCCAAGCAGAGACUCUUGUUUCUCCUUCUGCUCCUCACCUUCAUCUGCAUCCUCAUCUUCCUCCUCAGCCAGCGUGGUCUCGACUGCUGCUCUGCUGGAGACCAAGCUGCAGAUCAGUCCACUGCCCCAGACACACCGUCCCUCAGGCACAGCAUUGGUCUCCUCAGGGUUGGACUUCACACCUUCAACAGUGAGGCAGUCAAUCAGUGGGUUAAUAAAUGGGUGA